CGCCUAUGUAGGGAAGGUACACGGUGGUCGAAGUGUGGGCACUUUCAGCGUCACGGCAUUGCCGCCAUCAUGGACUGCAACUCAGGUCACUGCGAAAGGAGUAUUUCGCACCCUCGCAAUUGCAAAGACCCCAAAUGUCAAAAAAACUACGGUCAAGAGGUCCAGAAAGACAUCGACGUUGUGAAGGACUACUGCUUCCAAUGUCGAGCCACCGCCGCACGUACAGUUCCCACUUGA